AUGCGGUAUGAUUUUGUGUUUCAGGAAAACGGAUGUCUGUACUCGCACAUAAGAUGGGGAGAAGCUUUUGUCAUUGUUUACAGCGUUACGUGCAAGCGCAGCUUUCAAGAAGCAAGGGGAUUGCUCAAACAGCUCGCUGAUCUCAGACUUCCUUCUUAUUUUACUGCGCUUUUACUUGGAAAUAAACGUGAUCUCGAUCAUGCUCGAGAAGUAUGCGUGGAUGAAGGCCAGCAGUUGUCAUUAACACACGGCUGUCAAUUUUACGAGGUCAGCGCGGCAGAAAGCGCAGCGGGAGCAGCAUUAGCCUUUCAAGGACUCCUCAGGGAAGCUAGAUCAGUCCAACUCCUCCGCGCAUUACCGAUAAGGCGUAAAUUGGGUGUGCACUCAGUCUCACGGGUCUUGGGGACGAUAUUCGGAAAAAACACCACCAAGGACAGAAAAAAGAGACCCUCUCUCAGCAUAUGA